CCCACCUCUCACCAAAAACAGUUAGCUUUGUUACUGUUUUCUGUAUGGUUGCUCCCGUAUUGUUCCUGGCCCAUCUCUUGCUGUUAUCAACACCGGCAGUCAACGCUUCCAACGACAUCCAUGGUUUCCCGACACUCUUCAUCCUCCAACCACGCUCGUUUUACUCCUCCUCAUCUUGUUAGAACCUCCAUCCAUCGGAUCCUCUUCUUUCUUCUUAAUCUCACUUUUUCCGUUGAUGGUCUUGCCGGACUUCUUCUCAACCACCGUUCCUAACACCAUGCCGGGCGUGUCUCCCGAGCAACAUGAUCCCUUUCUUCCCAUGAGUAGCUUGAAGAAAAGGAAAAGAGAUUCAGUUCAAGAGGAAGUUGUCAAUCUUGCCCAUCCAACCGUCUUUUCCCCUUCCUCUUGCCAACCUUUCAAUUCUGCAAUCCGACUAAACUGUCCUGAGCUCAAUAACAACUUCUCCUUACCUACACCAAUAUAUACCACUUCUUGCGUCGGGGAAGAACUCUCUCUUCGCCCCAGAUGUCUUCCUCGAAAACGACGUGUGCUUCAACAGCCGUCCCUACACCAUCAGCAAUACCAGCAAUCCGCUGGAAGUGUACGGGCCUCAUCCAACCCCACUGCAUCGCAGAGCAAGUUUCUGUCACACAAUGUAUCUGUCCCUACAUCCAGGGACCUCUGCUCACCUCCUGUCUCCCCCAAGACUCUUAUUCCCAUCUCUUAUCAACCGCAACAGCAACAGCAACAAUCCACAUCUGCGACUGCCUUGCGCCCGUGUCACAUCUGCCAUCGUCGACCUACAACGCGAGAGGUCCUUGACGCCUAUGCCGACUGCGACUUAUGUGGAGAGCGAGCCUGCUAUAUCUGUCUCCGUCAAUGCGAUUCAAUAUACUGCUGUGGUGCUGCGGAUCCCGUUGGUGGCAAGGACAGAAAUUUUCAUCCCGGUGACAAUUUGGGUACACCACAGGAAUGCCUCAGCGAAGAUGGGCUAGGAUGUAGACAAAAACGAAAGGUCUGUUCUUGGUGCGCUGUAGAAGGUGUGACUGAUACAGGCUUAGAGGUGGUGCGUUGUCUCGAUUGUGUGCGAGAUCAACUAUCCCAAUGGCAAGGUGUACCUCCUGGACAAGUCAUUCCCGUACGAAACAGGAUAUAAAACAAGGUUCUGGGGUUUUUAUCGGGCAUAUAUCUCUGUGGAUCUUAAGGAUCUUAAGUAUCUCUCUUUCAGGGGCCUUCUCCAGGGUAGACCCAAGGCCACAUCACUAAUCGCUGGACGAUGGGAAGGAGCAACGGGCAACAUGGAAACACGCCACGAUGUCGUCACAUCAUUCCUCGAGGCGGUCCGGAGUGGUCUUUAUGGUUCAUUGGUCUUUUUUGUUUUGGGAAUUGGCGGUCAUCUCAUUUAAUCAGUCAAUUGCGAAAGCCUACGGUGUAGUAACAUGGAUUUCUUCAGAUGGUUCGGGGCACAAUAUUAAUUGCACUAUUUAUCUAUAUUUUUCUCAAUAUGCUAUUUUACAAUAGCAGUCUAUUUGCAUUCACUAGCAGCUAUCGAUCUAUCUGUAUAUAUCUGUGACUUCCGUUACAGUGUGCCUAGUGAAUUCAGCUGGCCUUUCGUCCAUCAACACUUAAGUCAACGGCUAUAGAG